AUGGCGUCAGUUCAACAGACAUAUCACGACAAGGGCCGGUUUACUCGCCCAGAUAGCACCUUUCGAAACUUCAUCUCUAAAGAUCCCGAGUCUCAAUUUCCUGCUGAAAGGGGUCGCUAUGCCCUCUAUCUCUCGCCUGGCUGUCCAUGGGCCCAUAGAACAAUGAUAGUGCGGCUUCUUAAAGGACUGGAUUCCAUCAUCGAUCUCUACCAAGUUCACUUCCACAUGGGGUCGGAGGGAUGGUACUUUAGCGGCGAAGGAGGCUCGCUUCCAGAGGAUCCGCUGCACGGCUUCAAGAAGCUCAAAGAUCUCUACCUCAAGGCUGACCCCAACUAUACCGGUCGAUACACUGUCCCAGUACUGUGGGACAAGAAGGCCGAUGUCCUCGUCAACAACGAAUCUUCGGAGAUUAUCCGCAUGCUCUACUCUGAAUUCGACGAGUUUCUGCCGGAAAACCUUCGCGAAGACAAUCGCCCUGGAAAGGGUCUCUACCCGCCACAUCUGAGAGCCGAGAUUGAUGCCAUGAACGAGUGGGUAUACGAUACGGUUAAUAACGGCGUGUACAAAGUCGGCUUCUCCAAGUCCCAAGAGUCCUACGACGAGAACAUCCGCCCCCUCUUUGCGUCACUGGAUCGACUCGAAGAACAUCUCGGGCACGGCAAGCCAUUUCUGCUGGGAGACUCCAUCACCGAGGCAGAUGUACGCUUGUACACGACUCUGGCCCGCUUCGACGUGGCAUAUCACAGCGUCUUCCAGUGCAACCUCAAGUCGAUCCGCCAUGACUAUCCGCGACUUCACGGCUGGCUGCGAAGGCUUUAUUGGGAUCAGGAUGAGGAGGGGCCUCUUCGAGCGGCGUUUUAUCGCACGACGGCGCCGAAUAUCGGACGCUAUGCGCUGGGAUAUGCGGAUUCCAGGUGGAGGAUUGUACAAGAGGGACAGGGGCCUUUGAUAGUGCCUGCUGGACCGUUGGUACUGAUGGAGCCCCUUUGA